CGGACUUAACCAGUUCAUAAACAUUGGCGGGGGUUGGCUAAAACAUGUCUUUGUUUGCUCUUAUGUCUACAACAUUAUGAUUUUUUUGACCGAUAAAAUAACCUUUCUUCUAAUUAAAUAAAUCUGACUGCAGAACUGUCACGCAUUUUAUUUUACGUUAUCCCUUGCGUUUGGCCAAGUCCAAGCCCUCCUCUAUCACCCUGUUUCAUGGUUUAUUCGAGCACCGCCUCCCCUAACCCCCCUACGGAGUGCCGCAGUUGGACGGGUCCGGGCCGACAUGGCGGAGCGGCGGGACAUAGACACCGGGCUGACCGGGCGGUAAGAGACGGGAUGGAAUAAUGGAUGCUGAUACAAAUCACAGUCUGAGGCCUAUUUUAAGAGGAAUCCCAUACAAGCUGCAGAAUCCUAAGGUACCAGAUGAAUCUCUGUUGGAUGAAAACUAUUUUAUGAACUCAGAGGUUCUGGCAGGAAUUCCAGUUAUUGAAAAUGAGGAUGAGCAGGAUUAUUUAUUAAAGGGCCCCACUUCCUCCAAAGUGCACUCCCAAGGGAGCAUGGAAGAAGACAGGACGCUUACUGGACACAACACAGAUAGUGAAAGGGAAAUUCAUAUUAACAACUUGAGGCUGAAGGAUCUUCUCCCCCAGCUGAACAAGGACUCCAUGUUGCAAACAAUCAGAAAGGAUUUUAGCCUGGCUAGAGAGAGAGAGAGCCAGGAGGCCUAUUCAAACAAGGAGCCAGGACGAGAAGGCAUAUUCUCCAGGGAAGCAGAUUCCAGAUUACUUGGUGGCUUUGGAUCUAAACCAGGUCAAAUGGAGGAAACUUCGAGAGCACAGCUAGUGACACAAGCUCCUGACAGCAAUUUUCGGGAAUCUAGUUACUCAUACAGUAGCAAGUCCCCAGUGGGCGACAGUCUGGGUAACUCUUUUUCCUCUGGUGUGAGAAUAAAGGAGGAGCCAAUGGAUGAAGAUUAUGAUAAAGCUUUAGCACCUCCACCUCUUGUUGACAAAAUCAAAGAUGAGCCAGACAAUUCUGAGGAAUAUACCCAGCAGCCAAAAUCUUCUGAAGGAGAAUUGAAAAUCAGUGCAGUGUUUUCAGUCAGUGGCAGCCCUCUGGCUCCUCAACUUUCUUCAAGCUUGCAGUCCCCUAUAACCUCCCCAGGAGCUAGCAAGUCUCUCCCUGCAGCUCCAGCUGUACCAUCAACUUCUGUCAGAGUAUCCUGUUCUGGCUGCAAAAAGAUCCUACAGAAGGGACAGACAGCGUACCAGCGGAAAGGCUCCACCCAGCUUUUCUGCUCUACUCUGUGCCUUACUGGCUACACCAUUCCCCCUGCAAGACCUAUGACUGCUCCUAGGAGGAUCUGCUCAAGCUGUGGAAAAACCAUUGCUGAUCCCAAGGAUGUCAUCACAGCUCAGUUUGACAAUCCAAGUUCCAGCAAGGACUUCUGCAGUCAGACAUGCUUGUCCGCAUAUGAGAUUAAGAAGAAACCAACAGUUACCAUACACACAAACAGCAUUUCCACAAAGUGCAGCGUGUGUCUGAAAAAUGCAGUGAUCCGGCAUGAAGUGAAUUAUCAGAAUGUGGUCCACAAGCUCUGCAGCGAUGCAUGUUUUUCCAAAUUCCGCUCUGCCAAUAAUUUGACCAUGAACUGCUGUGAAAACUGUGGGGGUUACUGCUAUAGCGGCUCAGGACAGUGUCAUCUGCUGAAUAUUGAUGGCCAGUGCAAGAAAUUCUGUAGUUCCUCCUGUGUCACUGCCUUCAAACAGAAAUCAGCCAAGAUCACACCCUGUGCUCUUUGCAAGACGUUGCGCUCUUCAGCAGAGAUGAUUGAGAAUACAAACAGCCUGGGCCGCACAGAACUGUAUUGCUCAGUAAACUGCUUAUCCGCUUACAGGGUUCAAGCAGUCACCGCUUCAGGUGUACAGGUUCAGUGUAACAGUUGCAAAACUCUGGCCAUACCCCAAUACCACUUGGCAAUGUCUGAUGGCAGCAUACGGAACUUCUGCAGCUAUAACUGCGUUGUGUCAUUCCAGAACCUGUUUAAUAAGCCAACUGGUAUGAACCCCUCAGUGGUCCCAUUGUCUCAAGGCCAGGUGAUAAUGAGUGUAGCUGCAGGGGCAGCAACACAAGCUGGAAACAGUACCCCUUCUUUAGUCUCAGCCACUUCCACCUCUUCUACUUCGACAGUCAGUAAUUCAGCAGCUGUGGGUUUGCAAAGGUUAGCAGCACAGUCACAAUCAAACACCCAGCAGCAGGGAUCCUUUCCCCGGAUGGCAGUAAAAUUAAGGUGCCAACACUGCAGCCGUCUUUUUGCCACCAAGCCAGAACUACUAGACUAUAAGGGUAAAAUGUACCAGUUUUGUGGUAAAACCUGCUGUGAUGAGUAUAAGAAAAUAAACAUGGUCCUUGCCAUGUGUGAAUACUGCAAGAUAGACAAGAUAAUAAAGGAAGCUGUUCGCUUUGCAGGCAUAGAGAAAAUGUUCUGCAGUGAAGGUUGCAAGCUGCUUUAUAAACAUGACCUAGCAAAGAAGUGGGGAAACCAUUGCAAAAUGUGUAGCUACUGUUAUCAGACCUCACCCAAGCUAGUGCGGAAUCACUUUGGGGGCAAGCUGGAGGAGUUCUGCGGGGAGGAAUGCAUGUCCAAAUUUACAGUAUUGUUUUACCAGAUGGGUAAAUGUGAUGGCUGCAAACGGCAAGGCAAGCUAAGCGAGUAUUUGAAGUGGAGAGGAGAGGUGAAGCACUUUUGCAACCUGAUUUGCAUAUUAGUUUUCUGUAACCAGCAGCAGAGCACAACAGAACCCACACCACCCAACAACACAGCAGCCAGUGUCCCCAUGGUGCAUGGGGUCCCUGCCUCGUCAGGCUCAUUGGGAGGCAAGGAAUCGACCCCAGUCAUCGCCAAUGUGGUGUCACUAGCAAGUGCACCAGCAGCACAGCCCUCCGCUAACUCAACCAAUGUCCUACAAGGUGCUGUGCCGACUGUGACUGCAAAGAUUAUUGGAGAUGCAAGUACCCAAACAGAUGCCCUGAAGCUCCCAUCCUCCCUUCCCCCACGGUUACUCAAGAACAAGGCUCUGCUGUGCAAACCAAUUACACAGACAAAGGCCACAUCUUGCAAACCUCACACACAGCACAAGGAGUGCCAGACAGAAGGUGAUGGGCAGCCACAGAUCCUGGUCCUUCCUGUACCUGUGCCAAUCUUUAUCCCUGUGCCCAUGCAUCUGUACACACAAUAUGCACCAGUACCAUUAACUGUACCACUUCCUAUUCCUGUCCCCAUGCUUAUUCCCACAACUCUGGACAAUGCCGACAAAAUUAUAGAUGCCAUUGAGGACCUAAAGGAAAAAGUUCCUACUGACCCAUUUGAAGCAGAUCUUUUGCAAAUGGCUGAAAUGAUUGCAGAAGAUGAGGAGAAGGAAAAAACACUGUCUCAUGGAGACCAGGGUAGCACUUAUAGUGGAGACCUGGAAUCAGAAGCUGUAUCUACUCCUCAUAGCUGGGAAGAAGAACUAAACCACUACACCCUAAAGUCCAACAAUAAUGUACAAGAGCAAGAUGCUGAACAGCCCUCCAGAAUUGGGACAGAGCAGGACGUGGAAGCUGAUUUUCCAACUGAGGCUUUUGACCAACAGGGGAAAGGAUCCAGUUUCUUAUCUCGUUCUCGAACCAGACGAAAACACAGAGAUGGUUUUCCUCAACCAAAGAGGAGGGGUCGGAAGAAGUCUAUUGUAGCUGUUGAGCCACGGAAUCUCAUUCAGGGAACCUAUCCUGGCUGCUCUCCGCUCGGUUCCACGCUCAAAUAUAUGUACGGGGUCAAUGCCUGGAAAAACUGGGUGCGAUGGAAAAAUACACAAGACGAUCACGAAGAGCUUAAAUUUGGAGUUCGGCCUAUCAAGUUAAAGGAAGAUCUCCUGUCUUGCACCUUCUCCGAACUGAGCUACGGUCUGUGUCAAUUUAUUCAGGAGGUGCAACGGCCAAAUGGAGAGAAGUACAACGCAGACAGCAUUCUGUACUUGUGCCUUGGAGUCCAACAGUACCUUUUUGAAAAUGGAAGGAUAGACAAUAUUUUCACAGAACCCUACUCUAGGUUUAUGGUGGAACUCACUAAGCUUCUGAAGAACUGGCACCCACCUAUAUUACCAAAUGGUUUUAUGUUCUCAAGGAUUGAAGAAGAGCACCUGUGGGAGUGUAAACAGUUAGGGGCUUAUUCGCCCAUCAUUCUUCUCAACACUCUCCUCUUUUUCACAACCAAAUACUUUCAGUUAAAGACUGUGAGCGAGCACCAGCAACUGUCAUUUGCCUAUGUCAUGAGGCGUACAAAAACAAUGAAAUACAACACCAAAACCACUUACCUGCGAUUUAUGCCUCCUUAUAACAAGUCAGACACAGAGCAAGAAAAACCACCAUUGGGCAAGAGGAAGCGAGUGGAGGAUGAGGAUGGGCAGUUUGUGAUGGAGAUGGCAGAGAACACCGACAACCCACUCAGGUGCCCAGUGAGGCUGUAUGAAUUUUACCUUUCUAAAUGCUCUGAAAGUGUGAAGCAACGGAAUGACGUCUUCUACCUGCAGCCUGAGCGCUCCUGUGUACCCAACAGUCCCAUGUGGUUUUCCACAAUGCCCAUUGAUCCGGGCACAUUGGAGAGCAUGCUGACCCGCAUACUUAUGGUGCGAGAGGUUCAUGAGGAGCUGAUGAAAGCAAAAGAGGACUCUGAAGCAGAAAUGUCUGAUUAAGUUUGCAUCAGAUGAAUCCCUUCUCUUACCCGAAACCUUAACCACCUUACCUUUCACAAAAAGCGGGGCAGACACUAAGCUGUGAUUGCAACGUUUCCACCCUCUAAGCGUAUCCACUACUUCCCACUUUUUACCCUUCCCUAUGUGUACAGAUGAAGACUCUCCUGCUGGAUCUGAACGGGGAAGGGAGACAGAAGUCCUCAAUCGCAGUUAUGGGAAACCAUGCACAGAGACAAGCAAAUAACUACACCAUCCCCCGAGGAUGUACACCUGAGACUAGGUGCUAGAGACCUGUGCUAGGAACUUUAAAUCUUUUUAACUGGAGCUCAGGGGAAGUAGAGUUUUUAAUCCCUUUUGCUGUUGAAUGCUCUUGUGUUACACUGCAAGAGAAGCAGAAGGAGUUAUGGAAAGACUUUCUCCUCACCAAGUGUUUAGUCACACUGUAUAGGAGAUGUAGAUCAUAACAUCACCUUCUUUGAUAAUCCUAUCUGGUGUUUAUACAUAUAUCAGGUGUGUUGCAAGCCCCUUUGGACCUUUCUUCAAGUUCCAGUAGUCCAUCAGAUGUUCCAUUACAUUACCCAACGCAUACAUGUAUUGGUCCUGAGAGACAUUCACUUACCUUGCAGGGUUUCACACAGCCUGACGUGCCCGAACCACUUUUUAGAUGGUUGCAGAUAAAUUGAAACAAUGUUGACACAGACAGACACAAAUUAGUGUUAUUUUGCCUAAAAAGAUACAAGCGGAUUUUCUUGGCAUGGAAGACCAAUAUCACUGCACAAUUGCCCUUGUCUCCACAAUGCAAACGCUUUUAGACUCCCAAGUACCUUAACUAUUUGCCUUUACUGGCCUUUUAAAAUCUGGUCUUAGCAUUUGUUUAACUCUUCGGAAAGGAGCAAUCAACUUCUGAAAUCAUCUGCAUUGCUGAUCUCUGUCACAAGUGGGAUUACCCAAUAAAUUUCAGUUUUUUUUUAAUAUAAUAAGGAAAAAUAUGUUGUCUGCAAGAAUUUGUGAAACGGUCACCCACGUCCAGAACCCAGUUGCAAAUAACAUUGCUAUGGACAGUAUGCUAAAACUGGCAUGUCUGGCACUAAAAGUAUUUUUAAAAAUAUUAAAAAGCAAGUGCAUCUGUAACAGGGUAUAGCAUAGGCUGGCAGUGAUGCUGGGAGUUGUAUUUCAGCAGCCUUUCGGAGGCCGCCCAGUUGCUCAUACCUGAACCCUUCUUACUAUAUAAAACAAGGAAGCUUUUGAAAAUAACAAAAGGAGAAUAAAACGUGGACCAUUUUUUUCCUGCUGGGGCAAAACUGCAGCUGAACAUAAUAAGUGUCUUCUGGGCAUAAUGGCCUUUUCUACAUUGUGACUGCUGUCUGCAAAGACUGAACAUCAGUUCCCCACCCCAAUUGGGCAUUAAAUAACGCUUCCCAAUGAUCUAGUAUAGCUAGCUGACCUGCUUAAAAACGGUUUCCUUUACAAAAAAAAAAAAAAAAGACAAAACAGAAAAGGACAUAGCUUAGUGUUUACAAAUAAUUUCAGGUCUCUCCCUUGCAAUGAAAUACUACAAAGAUGAGCCGUAUGAAGAUUUCAAGAAAUACGAAUGAAUUUCACUGUUCAUAUUCCCUUUUUAUUCAAUAAGGGGAUAGCGGUCCUUAUCCUUUUUCUAAUCAAAAGGGGAUAGCUGAAUAUUGCAGCGCAAUACGUUGCUAUCCCUUUUGGAUAUAAAAGGGUUCCAAUGGUUUCCAUUUUUUUUUUCCUUUAUCCGCAUUUUUUUUUUUUAAAUUAACUUUGUUUUAGUAGUAACAGAGUUUAAUAUUAUAAGAUAAAGUAGUCCUUUGGGAUUUUUUGUGUAUCUGUUAGUUCUUAUCCUGCUUGUACAAUAAAUCACCAGUUGUGUUUUUAACGCACAGGGCUGUGUGUGACUGGAGUGAAAAAAAAAGAAAUUUGUUUUAUUUGCCUUUCUGAUCGUGUAUUACCUUUAUGAUUAGUUGCUCAUAAGCACAGACCCCUUCCUGGCAUCCUCAGACCUUACAGUCUCUGUGUAUACUAAAUUGUACAGGGGUCUGUUGCUUUUUCUUGGACCUUCAAUCUGACUUCUCCUUUUGCUACUGUUCACCCCAUUAUAUCAAACAAUGGUUUAGCAAUUGCCUAGAAAGCCGAUUGUUAAACUGUCGGUGAAAGUGGAAACCAGGUUGUUGUAUUUUUCUGUUGGAUGUAUCAUGCUGACCUUCUAAUUCAUCUGUCAACCUGAAACAAAGAGUUUGGAAGGCCAGGCCAGGGGACCCUUUACAUCAGUAGAUUUGAACUCUAAAUCUUGGGAACUCUGAAUUUUUAUAUAUAUAUAUAUCUAUAUAUAAACACCUUUUCUAUGAAAAUAUAGCUUUGUGAGGUGAGUUACUCCUUCAGACUAGUAUGUUGUAAUUAAUACAUAAAUGCAUAUUAAAAUUCUUAUGGGGUGCCUAGACUACA